CUUGUGAGGUGGCCUCUUGGCUGGAGCCUGACCACCUAACUUCCUGUUUUUCCUACAGCUGCCUCCUCCCCUCCCUCUUCUCUGGGCUGGAACUGAGCCGGGGAGGAAGGAGGAGCAGCAGAGUUGGCCAGGGUCGCUUUUCUGAUUCCCUGCAGGCUGGGGGCCAGGACGGCCUCCCUAAGCAAGCAGGCGGAGGCACAUAUAGCCCUAGGUCCCGUCGUUGAAUCUCAGCACUUGCUCCUCUGGCCACAGCAGGAACAAGAGGCUCCUGGAAAGCCCCAACUUCUCACCAGCUCUUCCAUGAGCACACCCUGGUCCCAGGGCCUGAGAUUUCUCCAUGCAGGAGCAGCCAGAAACUCCAGAGGCGGCGGCAACGCCGGACACACCACCCGCCCAACUGCCUCCAGCCCCACCGCCCAGCCAGCUGCUGGUCCCUUCUCUGCCAGUGUUCGUGGACCACGCAAAACAACCAAGCAAGGAACUCAUUAAGCCCAAAGCAAUUUUAGGGCGCCCAGUAGAGAGACCUGCAGAGGCUGCUGCUGCUGCUGCGGAGGCUGCUGGUGCUGCUGCUGAAGAGUGCCCGGCAUUGGGCACCAGGGGAGUUGGAGUCAAAAACCAUCGCUGUCAGCGGAUCCGAGCCAGCCGAGAAGCAGGCUCACGGUUUGCCAUGGAGGGCUUGGAUGAUAAACUGAUCCUGAACGUGGGGGGCAUGCGCCACGAGACCUACAUCAGCACCGUGCGGGCCUUCCCAGGCACCCGCCUCUACAAGCUGACCGAGCCACCCCCGCCUGGCAGUCCAGCUGCUCAGGGUCCACCGGUCCGAGAGUUUUUCUUUGACCGUAAUCCUGAGCUCUUUAGCUAUGUGCUGGGCUACUACCGUACUAGGCAGCUGCACUGCCCCAAUGACGUUUGUCGGGAUGUCCUAGAGGAGGAGCUGGCUUAUUGGGGCCUGGCGGAAGCGCCUUUGGCACCUUGCUGCUGGCUCAAGCUAAGUGGCAGGGAGACCCGGACCCAGGACUUCCUCUCCUGGGAGGCCUGUGAGAACGCCCACCUAGAUGAACGUCUUCUGCUGAACCCCAUGGAAGGCCAGGGACUGCGGAAUGCUUGGAAGCCAUGGCUCUGGGUGCUUCUUGAUCAACCCCAGUCUUCCCUAGGAGCAAAGUGCCUUUCCCUGAUCUCCACACUCUUUGCUGUGUGUGCCCUGGUCAUCUUCUUCCAGGAGACAGAGGUUCAGCUGGAUUACUUCUCUGCCAACUUCACUCCUAUGGGACAUGGGGCGGGGGUGGGGGGAAACCAGCAGCAGCAGCAGCAGCAGCAAAACAAUGGUCUUGUUUAUCGCCGUGCCCCCCACCUGCUCUACCUGGAAUUACUCUGUGCCCUUUGGUUUGGAACUGAGCUUUUUGCACGAGCCAUUUCCUGCCCUGAUAAGGUGCGCUUCCUGUGUAGCCCCCUCAACCUGGCUGACAUCUUCUGUUUGUUCCCUGUGCUGGUGGAAUUAGUGGUGGGUGACAAGGCUGAACGGCAGCCUCGCCUUAGCCUCACCCUUGGGGCCAUUCGUUCUCUCUAUGUCCUCAAGCUGGUUCGUCUCCUGGGCUUUCUUGAAAAGUCCCUGGCCCUGAGAGUCCUGGUUCAUACUCUCCAUUCCUCCUGGAAAGAGGUGUGUGCCUUUCUCCUGAUUUGGGUGGCUGAAAUUUUAUUCUUUGGCUCACUCUUCCUCUAUGGGGAGCUUUUGGGCAUGUCAACCCCAGGACAGAGUGAGCUCCACUUUGGAGACAUCUUUACCUGUCUCUGGUGGACUGUCAUAACUCUCACCACUGUCGGCUAUGGAGACGUCUACCCACUCUCUGCUAUGGGCCAGCUCACUGCUGCUGUCACAGCCACCGUGGGCAUGUGCACUGGUGUCUUGCUGGUGCCUGUGCUCCUGGUCCGCUUCCAGCGCUAUUAUGCUGUAGCCCUGGCUCGCCAGAAACUAAGGCCCAGUGGGAUCCUAUAAUAGGCCCAUUGGUCAAGAGGGGUGGAGCCCACCUUCCUGUACUUCCUCUUGCCAGUUUUUGGUUACAGAUUAGGAUUUCUGGCUUUGGAUUUGGCAAAGAAUCCUUCAGGAGCAGCCCCAGGUCAUGGCAAUUCCUGCUAGUCAGGAGCAGAUAAAUAUCACCUAUAGGUCAGACUCCUCAUCCUCAUCAAGGGAAGAAGGAGCUUAGGGACAAGGCUAGUUACUUCUUACAUUCCCCUGCCCCACCCUAGGCCCUUCUCUGAAUACCAGAAUGACCAGGAAGAAUAUAGUUCUUCCUGGAUUGGUGCUAUAUCCCUCUCUCAACUAGAUCUCCCUUCACAUUCACUCAUCCCUUGCUGCCCAACUGGACCCUAGUCUAGAUGGGAGACUUUUGCAUGAUGGUAGCCAUAGUAUAUCAAGAUUGGUUGCCCAUGUCAAUGGUGAUUGGCUGUGGGUAUCAAUGAUAAUUGUCUGUGAAUAUCUGACAGCAACUGGUUAUGGGUAUUGAUGACAAUUUGUACUUUCAGUGCCCAGGAAUAGCCAGAUUGUAGCAUUGCUCUCUCCGUACUGCUCCUGGGACAAAUGUUCCUUAGAGGCAGAAGGAGGCCUUUGAAGAGUCUCAGAGACUCCAAUCAGAUGCGGGUCAGCCACGUCUGGACCCGAAGCACUCUUAAGUCCAUAACCUCCUCAUCCCAUUAUAUCCUUGCCCAAUUCUGCCUCAUCCCCUCUUCUCCCCAUCUUUGAUUUUUUUCAUAAUAUUUUAGAUUUAGUAUUAGCCAUCAUUAAUCAAAAUAUAUUAGUCAAUAUUAACCACAGUAUCUCAGUCAUGAUAACAGUAUGUAGUCACUAAUAGACAUAAAAUGUUAUCAUUGCAUAUUGUUUGGACAGGAAUGAGGAAACUGGGAUUGUGGACAAGAGUACACAAACAAUUUCCUCUUCCAUAUUUUUUUUCUUUUUUUUUUUUAAUUUUACUCCUUUACAAUUCUUUUUUUUCUUCCAAAUACUUUUCAGUACCCACAACGGGUCUACCUCCAAUCCUCGCUGCUAUUGAAUAUUCCCACCUUCCAACCUCUUCCUCUUUUUUUUUUUUUUUUUUUUUUUUUUUUUUUUUACCUGUGUGCUCUUCCCUCCUGGCUUUCCCAUGGUGUUCCCCACCAUGCACCUCUCUUGGAACUGGCUUCCAGGAGGGACAGAAGGGACCUACUCAGGUCUAACUUCAAAUCAAGCCACUGGGUUGUCUGAACAAGUAACCCAGGCAACUAGGCAGAGCCGGGAGGUUGAAUUGAGCCCUCACUGUUGCUGAAGCUGUGAGCAUAAUUCUGUUUACAAAACUUUUAAAUAAAAUAUCCUUUGAUAUCUCUA